AUGGCCUUCUCUCCGAGCGGCGGCGGACCGCCGGGGUCAGAGGUGGCGCAUUUCUCCGACAAUCUGAAGGGUUUCGUGCUGGCCGUCGCCUCAAGCCUCUUCAUCGGCUCCAGCUUCAUCUUCAAGAAGAAGGGCCUCAGGCGCUCGGGGUCUUGCGGCAGCGGGGCCGGUGAGUUCGCCAAUCCCCAGCCCUUUCUCCAUUAUUGCUCAUAUGCUGAUGUGGGUCUUGGGGGUUUCCCUGUGAAGCUGUGGGAGGCCAUGGAUAUCUCCGGGAGCCGCUCUGGUGGCUGGGAUUGGUCACAAGUAAGCAUCAGGCCUUUCCGGCUAUGCCUCUCUUCUCUUUUGUGUGUCGCUUCGGAAAGCUGACCUCCGGUGCUUUCCAACUUUGUUGCAGUGAUCGUCGGCGAGAUUUCCAACUUUGUUGCCUACACGUUCGCUCCUGCGGUGCUCGUCACCCCCUUGGGCGCUCUGAGCAUAAUAGUAAGGUAAGACGCGAUUAAGAAACAAAAGAGAAAACCUCCUACUGGUUCCAUCCACGAGGGUUCCAUUUAUUGGUGGGAUUGGAAUGGUGCAGCUCUAUUCUGGCGCAUUUCUUGCUGGAGGAGAAGCUGAAGAAGAUGGGUGUCUGGGGCUGCGUUCUGUGCAUCGUGGGCUCCACUGUAAUUGUGCUUCAUGCGCCCGAGGAGAGGACCCCCGGCUCUGUGGAUGAGAUUUGGAAUCUGGCCAUCCAACCAGGUGCUUCUUCCUAGAUUUUGCUCUGGUUUUUGAGGAUUCAAUCUUUUCAUAGCUGCUCAUCUCCUACGGAUGCUGCAUUUUUCUCCAGAAUUUCUUCUGUAUACGGCAGCAGUGGUCGCAGCGUCUCUGGUUCUCAUGCUGCAUUACUCCCCACUCUACGGCCAAACAAAUAUACUGAUCGAUUUGGGCAUAUGUUCUAUGAUCGGAUCUCUGACUGUAAGUAGAAAGAAUUAUCCUCUUUUUUCUGGGAUUUUUUCUUCAUCCUCUGGGUCCCCGUUAGUUGAAUUUUCUUCUUUCCUUCUGCAGGUGAUGAGCAUAAAGGCCAUAGGCAUUGCCAUUAAGCUCACAGUGGAGGGCACAAACCAGGCGGGCCGUUUCCAGGCAUGGGUUUUUGCCAUGGUUGCAGCCACCUGCAUCAUAAUCCAGCUCAAUUAUUUGAAUAAGGUGGGCCUCAUUUUCUAUGUUUUGACAGCUUCAUGGUCAAUUCAAUUCAUCCUUAGAUCUUGGGUUCUGAUCUGGAUGCCCUGCGGAGCUUCAUGCUCCUCAAAUCGUACCAAUAUUAAGCUAAAUUGGGCUUUGCGCUUCUGCUUGAGAUGAAUUAAAUUUCAUGUCCCCGGGAACUAUGAAUUUCUUCUGUGUUUAAUCUUAAACUUGCGCAUAUGUUUGAAUUUCUCGUAGGAAAUAGUCUGAAGAAAUCCUCAAGAUCCGAAAUCCCCAUUAGCAUUUAAUGAAAUUACAUUUUAUAUGGAUUCAUGGGGAUUAAAAAUCGUAUGGCCAGAUGUAUGAAUCGGCUAUGAAAACUGUUGAUUGGUCUUGCGUUCUGAUAACCCAAUAUCUUAAUAAAAUGAACAAGCCAACGGAAGACUUUGCUACCUCCUCUGUCAUUUUCCCCAAUACCACAGCCAGAUCGAUCACGCAUGAGCAGCUAUUCCAACCUCAGUAUUGUCUAAUCAGUCAUCCCUUUCAAAGCCAGAUUUAUCCUUCCUCGUAAACAGAUAAGCAACCCAAUUAUCCCUCUUAUUCCAUUUCGGGAUAUUUUACUUGCUAAUAUGAUGAUUUUUCCAUACAUUAAUGUUUUUUUUUUGCCACCUCAAGCUUCAGUCCGAUCUGCUGUCAAUUUCAGAGCAAGGAUGAUAUUUUUUGGGUUCGUUGCUUCUUAACAGGCACUGGAUACCUUCAACACCGCGGUGGUUUCUCCCAUCUACUAUGUUAUGUUCACUACUUUCACCAUUGCUGCUAGCUCCAUAAUGUUUAAGGUUUAUAUUUUCUUAUAUUUUUAAAUAUUUAACCGUCUUCUCCCCAAAAAAGGGAAAACCUCGCAAGGGCCUGAUUUUUUGAUAAAUUUAUUUUUCUAGGAUUGGUCUGGGCAGAAGGCGAGCGAUAUAGCUUCAGUGUUUUGCGGGUUCAUAACUGUGCUUGCUGGGACUACCUUGCUGCAUUCUACAAAGGAGCCAGACUCACUCUCUGCAGCAGGUCCCCCUCUCUCUCUCUCUCUCUCUCUCCCUCCAUCUAUCUAUCUAUAUAUAUAUAUAUAUAUAUAUAUAUAUAUAUAUGUCUAG